GCAGGUGUGCAUGACGACCUCGGAGUCAUUCCGGCAGGACGUGGCAGCGAAGUUGAACCGCAUUGUAGAUUCGGCGGACCCGACCGCCUCGGUCAACUUCCCCAGCUGCUUGUCCGCGGAGGAGCGGAAGUACGUGCACCACGUGUCCGAGCAGUUCGGGCUGCAGCACAUCUCCAAAGGCAAAGGCGACGGCCGCUUCAUCACUGUGACCAGGGAUCCUGCCAAGGCCAGCAGGCGCGGCCUGGUGGCUCCGAGGGCGCCACGGCUCCGGCUGCCCAAGGAGGCGUGGGAGGCGCUGGAGCACCCGCUGGUCGUCCACGCCUCGCGGGCGGGCAACAUCGAGGCGCUCGCGGAGGGCGCGCCGCUCCUGGCGGUCAGCCCCGAGGACGUGUCGAAGCUGCUGGGCAGGCAGUCGAAGAGGCAGAAGGCCUCGCCGAAGGGCGCGGCGUCGGGCGCCGCCGGCGGCGGCCCUCCGCAGACCCCGCUGCUGGCGGCGCGGCAGGGCCUGCCCGCAUGGGCAAAGCGUGCCGAGCUGCUCGAGGCCGUCGGCAAGCACCAGGUGACCAUGGUGGUGGGCGAGACCGGGUGCGGCAAGUCGACGCAGAUCCCGCAGUUCCUCGUCGAGGAGGGUGGCCCCACAGUCAGCGUCCUGGUCACGCAGCCACGGAAGCUGUCGGCACUCGGCCUGGCGCACCGCGUCGCGCAGGAGCGCGGCGAGAGCGUCGGCGAGACUGCGGGGUACUCCGUGCAUCUGGAGAAUAUGCCAGAGAUGCGUCUUGUGCUGAUGAGUGCCACUAUGCAGCUGGACACUUUCAGGAACUAUUUCCCAGGUUGCGCCGAGGUCCACAUAGAGGGGCGCAUGUUCCCAGUCAAAGAGUACUUUCUGGAGGACAUUGCGCCGACCUUGCACGGGAGUGGCGCAGCGCAGGCGCUCGGACCUGGCUUUGCUGCUGGAGGUCUCGGCUUUGGCAGUUGGGAUGACAGGGGGAAGGAGAAGACGUUCAAGUACCAAGUACUGGUGAGUCACACCCACGACCGCGACGGCCUCUGCGGCUUCUCUGGGAACUCCAAGAAGGCGCUCAGCGGGAGCCGAUUAGAAGAGGGCCUGUUCCUCCACGACGUGCUUCAGCAGACUAAGGGCGUCCUGUACGACCUGCCGAUCUCGAACGCUGUUGCUGCACUUGUCGUCUGGGCGCGAGGGACUGCAGGGUGA